AUGAGGGAAGAAGUCUUCCACCGUUUCCGGAUCGACCACGACAGGUUAGGAGAGCCUUUGCGAUCACGUCCAAUCACAGCCGAAAAACAUGACCGAUUUCAAGUCGGGAUCUGGGGUGAAUACACAGACGUUGAGUCUGACUUUCAUGCCAAAGUGCCAGUUGUUUUCUGCCGUGAUGUCAAGAGUGGUCUGAUAUGCAAAGUAAGUGCAGGUAAUGAUGUUGCCUGUCUGACCAACAACCACCUGGCAACCUUAGCCAAGCUGGAACCUAGACUUGUUCCUUUGGUCCUCGCCUUCCGUUACUGGGCAAAGCUGUGUCACAUCGACUGCCAGGCAGAGGGUGGCACCCCUUCUUACUCUUUCUCCCUCAUGGUCAUCUUCUUCCUGCAGCAGAGGAAACAACCUAUUCUCCCUGUUUACCUCGGUUACUGGAUUGAAGGGUUUGACCUGAAGCAUGUGGAUGAGUAUCACCUGAAAGGGUUUGAGAUGGACAUAUUCGUGGGCUGGGAACAUAGACCUCGCAUCAGUGGGGAGGGAAGAGGUGAAGGGAAAGGAGUCAAAGACCAGAAGCAAUCUGUCAAUAUACAGGGCAUGACGCGGCUGGCUCUGAACCGGGGACAGGGCGUCUCUCUGGGGCAGCUGUGGCUGGAGAUGCUGAGCUUCUACACCCUGGAGUUUGCCCUGGAGGAGCACGUCAUUAGCAUCCAGCUGCGAGAGCUGCUGUCCCAAGAGCUGAAGAACUGGCCCCGCCGCCGGCUGGCCAUUGAGGAUCCUUUCGCUCUAAAGCGGAAUGUGGCACGCAGUCUCAACAGCCAAAUGGUGUUUGAAUACAUCCAGGAACGCUUCCCCACUGCAUACAGAUAUUUUGCGUGUCCGCAGAGCAAGAACGGGAACACAAGGUGGCGACAGCAGGUCAAGCCAAGCGAGCCGUACAGCUCCAAGCAGGAAGACUGUGUGAAGAAAGAGGCUUUGGUUCAGGACAGGUGUGACCAGCAGAUCGAAGAGGCCAUGAAAGACUCUGAACAGAGGCUCCAGGAAAUGGAAGAAGAGGAAGGGGACAGUGAAGAAGAAGGAGAAGGCGAAGAUAGAGAAGCAGGGCUAAGCAAGGAGGACUGCGGCGGUCUGCAUGGGAACUUUGUCUGGCAUCGGAGGAGCGUCCGCCCCCCCAGCACCUCUUCAUCGUCACAGAACGGACUGCUGGAGAGUGAGGAGGUGGAGAUGGAGAUCAAGCCUGAGGAUCUGUACUAUGUCUUUGAUAAGAUUAUCUUCACAGGUGGAAAGCCUCCUACUGUUGUGUGCAGCAUCUGCAAAAGGGAUGGUCACCUGAAAGAUGAAUGCCCAGAGGACUUCAAAAAGAUCGAAUUAAAGCCUCUGCCACCUAUGACUGAGCACUUCCGUGAAAUCCUCGAUGGCCUCUGCAGGCUGUGCUACAAUGACCUCUCACUCCCACCACAGGAACAGCAGAAGAGAGAGCAGAUUUUGUGUAGUUUGGAGAGGUUCAUACGCAAGGAGUACAAUGAGAAGACACAGCUCUGUCUCUUUGGUUCCUCAAAAAAUGGUUUUGGUUUCCGUGACAGUGACCUUGAUAUCUGCAUGACACUGGAAGGCCAUGACACAGCAGAGAAACUGAACUGCAAAGAGAUCAUCGAAGGCCUAGCCAAGGUACUGAAGAAACAUACAGGUUUGAGGAACAUCUUGCCUAUCAGAACAGCUAAAGUGCCUAUCGUCAAAUUUGAACACAGACAAAGUGGGCUGGAAGGAGAUAUAAGCUUGUACAACACUCUGGCACAGCAUAAUACCAGAAUGCUGGCUACAUAUGCUGCUAUUGAUCCUCGCGUGCAAUAUUUGGGGCACACUAUGAAACUAUUUGCAAAGCACUGCGACAUUGGUGACGCCUCCAGGGGUAGCCUGUCCUCCUACGCCUACAAACUGAUGGUCCUGUACUUUCUGCAGCAGAGGCAGCCCCCAGUCAUCCCAGUUCUCCAGGAGAUAUUUGAUGGAAAGAAUAUUCCUCAGAAGAUGGUUGAUGGCUGGAAUGCAUUUUUCUUUGAUGAUAUUGAUGGAUUGAGGAAGCGGCUGCCGGAGCUGGGUCAGAACCGUGAGUCCGUGGGAGAGCUGUGGCUGGGCUUGUUGCGUUUCUACACUGAGGAGUUUGACUUCAAGGAGCACGUCAUCAGCAUCCGCCAGAAGAAGCGCCUCACCACAUUCGAGAAGCAGUGGACCUCCAAGUGUAUCGCCAUCGAAGAUCCCUUUGACUUGAAUCACAAUCUCGGUGCUGGAGUUUCCCGAAAAAUGACUAAUUUCAUCAUGAAGGCAUUCAUCAAUGGGAGGAAAAUGUUUGGUACUCCAUUCUACCCUCUGCCUGGCAUGGAGGCUUUAAGUAGUCUUUUCAGCCAGGACUACUUCUUUGACUCCAAAGUGCUGACAGAUGGAGAGCUUGCACCCAAUGACAGGUGCUGCAGGGUCUGUGGGAAGAUUGGCCAUUGCAUGAAGGACUGUCCCAGGAAACAAAGAGUGAAGAAGAAGGAGAACGGAAAGGACGAGGAUCUGAAGGAGGACGAGCGGGAGCCACAGGAGAGGCGCUGCUUCCUGUGUGGGGAUGCAGGUCACGUCCACCGUGACUGCCCUGAUUACCGCUAUCUCGGGCAGAGGAACACUGCAGGUUCAGGGCGUUAGAUGGUGCAUGCCAUGGUGAUCUCCCAGUCCAUCCCAAUCCCUCAGACAGGACUGGAGGCCCAGGACCAACCCAGAAGAACCAAGCAGCCCUCCGAAUGUUCCGAGACUUGGCAGACGCCACCCUACUCUCCGCAGGCCAUGCCCUUCAGCCAAGGCUCCUCCGCAUGGCUUGAAAAUAUAGGGGCCAGCAGGUUAAUCGGUGUGCGUGAGGAGCAAGAGACUUGGCUCAUAAGAAUAAAGCACUAG